CCAAGCGUGGGCAAUGCGUCACAUGACCACCUUUUGGCGCGAAAAUCAAAUUCCCGCGUAAUAUGUAUGUUGCAAUUUGUGGCAAACAAAAACAAUAUUAAUGCGAUAGCUACACCCUGUUCGGGAGAAGUUACUUCAAAACAUUGUUGAAUCCGUUGCAAUCCGGUGUUUUGCGUAAGUCAAAUGAAAUUAUUGAAAAGCAGGGUUUAAAUAUUUCUCGUAUAGAAAUGAAAGAGGUGGAUUUUAUAAACGGUUUUGCUUAAUAUUCGAGUCUGCCGAUAAUGUUGGGAUAGUGUACGUAACGUACAACACAAACUUACAAAAUAUGGCUUCACUUGGCAAAAAAAGUAUACCACUUGGAAAUCGAGGGAUUUUUCACAUAAGACAUGAACAAGAUGUCUUUGGCUCCCGAACUACUGGAUCAGUGGAACGAUAUACAAUAAAUGGGAAAUUAAAUGAAAGUACAUCUUCACUUAGUAGUCUAGAUCAUACACCAGAUGCAACAUUUUUUCCCAGAGAAUUACACAAAACUAUCUCCCUAACUUCUCAGGCGAAGCGUAAACUAAAUUGGGAAUCAAAAUGCGAGAUUAACGAUGAGACCUUCAAGCCACCAACAAUGAAAAGAAAAACGCGAAUUAAAGCUCGUGCUUGCUCUGAAAAAGUAAAGUCUCCUAUUGAAAAAGCUCGUUAUGAUACUUCACUUGGUCUCCUAACAAAGAAAUUUGUUGGUCUUAUCCGACACUCACCUACUGGGAUUUUAGACCUCAAUGAAGCAGCUGGGUUGCUGUCUGUACAAAAACGACGCAUUUAUGAUAUCACAAAUGUUCUUGAAGGCAUUGGUCUUAUAAAGAAAAAAUCCAAGAAUAAUGUUCAAUGGCGGGGCUCGAGAAGUGCAUUGCUUCAUGUGGAUAAUGAUGAUAAUGACAUUGCUCCAGUUGUAUCAUCAAAAAUAGUUGAUCUACACACUGAUGUAGCUGAUCUUGAGGCUAAAGAAAACAAAUUGGAUGAGUUAAUUGCAACAUGUCAACAAGAACUAUGUACAUUGACUCAACCAAUGAAUAAAUUUGCUUAUAUAACAUACAAAGAUGUACGUCAUAUUAGUGAAUUUCAACAUGAAACUUUGAUUGCAAUCCGUGCUCCUCCUAAGACACAACUUGAGGUUCCAGAUUCUUCAACUGAGACUAUUCAACUAUCAUUAAAAAGUAGUGAAGGUCCUAUUGAUGUGUACCUAUGUCCAGAAGAUUGUGAUCAAGUAUCUCCCGUUAAAUCAGAAAGUUUGUCAUGUGAAUCAUCAGCAAGUGAAGAUGAAACUCAGUUAGAUCAUCAAUAUUCUGAUGGUGAUAUGUUGCACAAAACUGGAAUACAUGAUGUGACUUUCCAGGAAACAUUAGAAUGUAGUCUUGAAAGGUUCCCAGAAAUGGAUGAGGAAAGACUUAUUGCAUUAUCGCCAUUUCGUAAUGAGACUGACUAUACUUAUAGUCUUACUGAAGAGGAAGGCCUCAUGGAUCUCUAUGAUAUUUAUGAUUUAAAACCGUCAUCACCUGUGGAAUUUUUGUCAUAAUUAUUUGACACCAAACCCAAAGAAAAUAUGUUGCUGAAAAAUCUGAAAUCUUUUCUCAUUCAUGAAUAAGAAAAAAUGAUAAUGACAAAUGUUGUAAAAAGUUAUGGGUUAAGGUAAGUCUUAAUCCAUGUACUGUUAGAAUAGGAAAAAAAUAAUCUUUAGUAACCAUGUAAUUAAUUAUAGUGUUGUAUAUUAAUUAGUUUCACGUUAUGUAGUUAAAAAAAUAUACCAAUUAUUUUUAAUGUAGUACAUUAGACUUCUCACUGUUAUAUAUAAUAUGUAUAGUUUUUGUAUUUAGAAGUCUUGAUAAGUUUCAAUAAUUAACGUACCAUGUUAUUUUAACUGUUUUAGACUUUAAGUUUUUUUUCAAUAAAAUGUUUUUGUUUCUGGAAA